CCCACCACAAUGCUCGCCAGGCCAGGAGUGGUCUCAACAUGGAAAGAGAGAAGCGCCAAGAAUCGAAUACCUGGUACCAAUCCAUCAGCGCAUCAGAGAAGAUGAUUUUACUUUGGUAGUAGUAUAUGAGCUAAUUCUCUUCUUGUUCGCCUUAUCCGGCCUCCUCUCACCAUCUUGGAGUAGUAUUGCACCUCCUCUCUCGUUCUCGAGCUGGUCAUAUUAUAGCUCAUUGACCAACCCCCCCUUCUCUCUCUCCCUCUAUGGAGCGUCCAGGAACACCACGUCGCAGCCUACAAUCCAAUCCUGAACAAAGAUGGAUUGCUCAGCAAUCACCUCCCUUCGGGGCUAUGAAUACAAGCAGCAUUGAUGCAAUGAGAGUGAACCCAAAGCUGUUGCUAGCAAGACGAAACAGUCCCGCUCCUUCCAUUAGACCAUCUACAUCGCCGUCUCUCGCGCCCUCCCAUAUGACGCAAAGCGGCCAUCCUGACAUCAGCUACUCCAUCCGCGGAUUCGACGACGAUGCCGGACACCUCUAUGCCGUCUGCAGGGCAGUCCCGUACCUGCUCGGGCCAAAAAGCAUGCUGGACGCCCUCUCCACAAUGCGAAGCGCCCAAAUGCCAGACCACCUUUUCAUCAACGACGAAGGCACACCCAUCCCAGAUACCCAACGCUUCUCUUUUAUGGACCGCGCCCUCGUCCUGGUCCUCUAUCUCCUCCAAACCCCGCUAGAAGAUCACACCAUCCCCAUCCGUCAACUUCUCUCGCACUUCGACCACCACAAAGACGCCCUCAUCAUCUACAAAGACAUGGGCACCGGCCGUCCAGUCGAAUACAUGAACCUCCGCGUCUCAGAUUUCGCAAACUUGGCCAUCGAAUGGCACGCCAUUGGAAACCCGGGAAACGUCUCCCCAACUCGCCCAGACGCAAUCACCCCCUGGCAAAACAUCAUCCCCCACCUCGCCGCCCGCCAUAUUUCCAGCACCUACCUCACGAAAUCGCAGUACGAGCAAUGGAUCAUGGUGCCCGAACCCGACCUCCCCACGCAGCUAAACACAUUCGUGCGUUCGGGAGGCUACGAGCGCUUGAUCCAGAACUACCUCGCCCGCGAUGUCUCGAGGCGUUUGACUUCGCGGUUCGGAUGCCACGGCAACACCACGCAUGGCCUCCUUCCUUCCCCCACCGAUCGUCUCGAGCGCGGCGCUAAACGCUUCUCCCAUGAGCAUCCUUGUGGGCGUCUUAUUGAUUUCAGACAGGAGAGACACGAUAAUGCGCUGUUGCCGGAAGAUCGCGCUAGCUUGGAUAAGGAGAAACGCGAUAUCGCUCGCGACGAUGCCGAGGCGGAUGCGGCUCAACAACCUACUGAUCCUGCUGGUGCUGCGGGUGCUAAGAAGGAGGAAGAAGCUGGUGCGGUGAAAGGGUUUGCGCGCUUGACGAGGAAUAUCCGGUGGGUUAAGGUGAUGAAGUAUGGCGUUAUCACGCUCGUUACCGUUGGUGGGAUUGGGGGAGCAGCUUGUGGGGUUUAUUUCUACAUUUCGGGGAAGCGGAGGGACGGGGGGAUGAACAAUGUCGUUGAUACUGCGUCGUAAUAUAGUGACGGGGCAUCUUUUUUCGGGGAGGGGAUUUGCUGGCGUGGGGAUUCCUCACUGUUUUGGCGUUAUGUUCUUCCUCUCUCUCUAUUCACGCUUUCCAAUCUUCCAUGCGCCAACAUCAUUAUUUUUGUUUACAUUAUUGAUGUAGGGGGCCUCUCUAAUACUGGGAGAGCUGAGAAUCACUCAAAGUAGCCAGAACACAGUCAUCACACCAAGUUUGACUUGACUUGACUUGACUUCAAGUAUACCAUAUCCAGGUAUAAUACAUAUAUCUAUGGGUUAGAAGAUUCCUUGUUCAUCACAAUAUGUUAUACUUAUAUAGUCCCACUACCCCACCUUUGAACACUCUGAGUGUGAUGAAAUAGUAUACAGAAGCGACCCGAGGAAUAUUGGCGCAAACGUUCGUCGGCCUCUAGUAUCAAAUAUACGGGCUUCGAACUGAAUAGUGUGAAAGACCACAUCAAGUGUUCUCCCUCCUCCCAUGUUUCAUGAUUCAAAUUUUGUUCGCGGCUUCCUUCCAC